CCAAAAUCCCACAAUUCUAUCCCUUCUUCCCAUUGCUUUGGCCAUGAAAAUGUUGUUCAGCCAAUACCAACACAAUCAGCUGUACUUAAUCAACAUCCUCCGCUUACCCCCGAUCACCGGUAAACCUACCCGCCAUAUUCUUCCACCCUGCUCCUCCACCCACCAUCGCCAAAACCCACAAACCGCUUCCUCUAGUGAUGACAAAUUUCUGCGAGCUCACAAUGCUAAAUCCUCUUCCCUCAUCCUUCGAUACCUGUCGGACAAUCAAGAGACAGGCUCAGAAUUCCUGGAAAAGGAAGAUAAAAUUAUGCCCCUUGAAGAGAAAGUGAAGAUUCUCGAAAUGUCGUUGAUAAGGAAAAGGACUCCACAAUUUCCCGGGUCUAUAUACGUCCAAUCUCCGAGCGACCCGCAAGUUAAUGCUUCUUUACCACCAAUUCAGACCCUUUUUGAAGGCGUAGGACGAAAUGACUUCGUUGCUGAUACAGAUGAUUACGAAAUGCUAAUGAAGGCCCUCGAGAUACGCAGGAAAGUUACCGUGGAGAUAUUCAAAGAGGCAAUGAAAAAGGGCAAGUUUGGCAUCACUUACACCAGCAAUUUACUUCCCUAUAUGUCUGAUUAUAUCGAUUUUGUGAUGAUUCAAGCUGCUUCCAUGAAGCAGUGGGGCCAGUUUUCUUCAGCAUCCUUCAAUGUUCGUGCCAGGACCUUCAUUAAUGACUCUGGCGUUGUUGCUCUUAUAAGGUGGUUGAAGCAUAAUUCAUUAUCUUAUCCCCAAAUUGGGAAGCUCAUUUGCAUGUCGAAAGGAAAUCUUUAUGCCAUAAGACAGUUGGCUGAGUGGUUGAAGUCAAAUUAUGUAAAAGGCAGAUUUAUUGGGAUUGCAAUGAUGCGAGCUGGAGAUAAAAUACUGGAGAACAGUAUAGAGCAAUUAGAUGAGAUCGUUAUCUACUUGGAGAGAAAUGGAGUUAGGAGAGAUUGGAUGGGUUAUGUAUUGAGUCGUUGCCCUGAAGUCCUAUCAUUUAGCAUGGAGGAGCUCAGAUCUCGUGUAGAAUUUUACUUAAACAUGGGAAUGAAUGAGGAGGAUUUCGGAACAAUGGUGUUUGACUUUCCCAAAGUGCUUGGAUUUUUUUCAAUGGAAGAGAUGAACCAAAAGGUAGCUUACUUAAAAGAGUUCGGUCUGAAUGAUGAAGAAGUAGGGAGAUUAAUAGCAUUCAAACCACAAUUAAUGGCCUGCAGUAUAGAAGAGAGAUGGAAACCUCUUGUCAAAUAUUUCUACUACCUUGGUAUUUCGAAGGAGAACAUGAAAAGGAUACUUAUUAAAAAGGCAAUGAUUUUCUGUGUUGACUUGGAAAGUAUUAUAGUACCAAAGGUUCAAUUUUUUCAGGACAUUGGGGUUCAGGAUGAUGCCAUUGGCAAUAUGAUUGCUAAGUUUCCUCCUUUGCUCACAUAUAGCCUUCAAAAGAAGAUACGCCCUGUGGUCAUAUUUUUGUUAACCAAAGCUGGCGUGACCCAGAAGGACAUUGGCAAGGUUAUAGCCUUGGGGCCAGAGCUAUUGGGAUGCAGCGUUGCCAAUAAACUGGAACACAAUGUCAAAUACUUUCUGUCUCUUGGCAUUUCUCUCAGACAAUUAGGCCAGAUGAUAUCUGAUUUUCCGAUGUUACUUCGGUACAAUAUAGACAUCCUCCGUCCCAAGUACCGUUAUCUCCGCAGAACAAUGGUUAGACCAUUGCGUGAUCUCAUCGAAUUUCCAAGGUUUUUCAGUUAUUCUCUUGAGGAUCGAAUAGUUCCCAGGCAUAGGAUAAUGGUGGAAAACCGGAUAAACUUUAAGUUGCGAUACAUGUUGUCUGACUCGGAUGAAGAAUUCGAAGAAAGGGUCAAGGCUGCUGUGCUUAGGCGUCAAAGAUUUGAAUCUGGGAUGACAAAUGUCGAAGAUGAGCCACCAUUGGCUUCUCAAGGUGAUGUUGGCUCCAUGACCAAUAUGCUAGUUUAACAUCAAGAUUUGCCCUGUAGGAAAGGUAGGUAUAAACAUGUAAACUAUACGGCCAUGUUCUUGUAGAUAUGUAAAUCAAUUCCAUGGUAAAUGGCUAAAUGCAUCUUGGGUAGUGCAGUAACUGCUGUUUAGUAUAGAGAACGUUAUUUAUAGUCUAUGGUCUUGUUUAUGAUCUUCACUCGUCUGUAGGAAAAUCAACUCAAACAUCAAGUGACCUUGCACUCAGAAAUGUAUAUGCACCUGAAUUCUUGUUGCCAAAGAUUUAUUGGAAUGUAACCCAAGUCCUUGGCAUUUGCAGACUUAACAAGGCACAAAUCUAUUCUGUAACAUUUUUGUGUCUCCUGAUUAACAACAAAAACCUGGAGGUUCUGAGUGGAUACACUCCGCAUUACAAAAUUUAAAGUUGGAUGUGCAGAGCAAAAAUAAGUCAGGACUACUGGCUAUGCAAAUUAAUGGAUCAACACUAACACUCUGAAUUAUACUAGCAGAGACCAGUUUUAACUGUUGUUUCAAUUGUCCAUCUUUUAAUACCUGAUGCUCUCCUAAACAGCUAUAUUUUCUCUUGCGUGAUAUUGAG